AUGGCCGACCAAUAUAAACGAUUUAUCGAAGUUUGUGAUAAAUUCAUAAAACAAUUGGAGAUACACGUAUUUGCCGAUGCAUCUAACUUUGCAUAUGCAGCAGCAGUUUAUGCUCUCAACACAGGAUACGAAAAAAUGGAACUCUUAAUAUAUGCCAAAUCUCGGAUUGCUCCAAUUAAAGGUAUAUCCAUACCAAAGCUUGAAUUACUAUCGAUACUUAUUGGUGCACUAGUGCUGCAUAUUUCGUAUUAA